AAAUCCGGAGCGCGGUCAGAAGCCAACUGGCGGUGACGGCUGCAGGUAUAAAGAACGUUUUUCCAAAGAAAGCAACAUAGUUCAGAAGGAAAAAUAACAAAAAGAAAGUGCUGCAGAUUUUAUUUUACAAUAUGUAAGAAAAUCAACAAUUUCUUCAGGAUACUCAUAUUAAGGAAGCAGUCAUGUUUCAUGAGCCCUCAAAACUGUGAGACAAGAGAAUGUAGUAGAAUAAGGCCAGACGUCCUUACUGGCUCAAAGAACUCCAGGGAAACUGGGAUAGAACAUUUUACAUUAUAAGUAGAACCCCGGGAGCCAGAGGUGAAACACAUGUUUAUCUGCAGAACUACGCUGCAGAGCUGAGCUGGGUCUGGAAGAAAUGGAUGAGAGCCACUGGAUGAAAUUCACUAAUACUAGACACCUGAGUCUUCUAAGAUUUGUGAAUGAACUUUGCUAAGUAUGGAUUCAGGUGGUGGAAGUCUUGGAUUGCACACAUCAGACUCUAGAAUGGCACAUACCAUGAUUAUGCAGGAUUUUGUGGCUGGAAUGGCUGGUACUGCGCGUAUCGAUGGAGACCAUAUUGUUGUUUCAGUUCCUGAGGCUGUAUUAGUUUCUGAUGUUGUCACAGAUGAUGGGAUAACUCUUGAUCAUGGUCUCGCAGCUGAAGUUGUCCAUGGGCCUGAUAUCAUCACCGAGACUGAUGUAGUAACAGAAGGUGUAAUUGUUCCUGAAGCCGUACUUGAGGCUGAUGUUGCUAUUGAAGAAGAUUUAGAGGAAGAUGAUGGUGAUCACAUCUUGACGUCUGAGCUAAUUACAGAAACUGUUAGAGUACCUGAGCAGGUUUUUGUGGCUGACCUUGUUACUGGUCCUGAUGGACACUUAGAACAUGUGGUCCAAGAUUGUGUUUCAGGAGUUGACUCUCCCACAAUGGUAUCAGAGGAGGUUCUUGUAACUAAUUCAGAUACAGAAACUGUGAUUCAAGCAGCUGGCGGCGUUCCUGGUUCUACAGUUACUAUUAAAACUGAAGAUGAUGAUGACGAUGAUGAUGAUGAUGAUGAUGAUGAUGAUGUCAAGAGCACUUCUGAAGACUACUUAAUGAUAUCUUUGGAUGAUGUUGGGGAAAAAUUAGAGCAUAUGGGGAACACACCAUUAAAAAUCAGCAGUGAUGGUUCACAAGAAGAUGUUAAAGAAGAUGGAUAUGGUUCAGAAGUAAUAAAAGUGUAUAUAUUUAAAGCUGAGGCUGAAGAUGACGUUGAAAUAGGUGGAACAGAAAUUGUCACAGAGAGUGAGUACACCAAUGGGCAUUCUGUAGCUGGAGUGCUUGACCAGAGCCGAAUGCAGCGGGAGAAGAUGGUUUACAUGGCAGUUAAAGAUUCUUCUCAAGAAGAAGAUGAUAUCAGUUGCGCUGAAAUAGCAGAUGAAGUUUACAUGGAAGUCAUUGUAGGGGAAGAGGAAGGAACUUCUCUCCCUGAGACUCAGCUUGAGGACUCUGAUGUUAAUAAAACAAUUGUCCCUGUUGUCUGGGCUGCGACAUAUGGAGAUGAAAGAAGAGUUUCUCGAAGGUAUGAAGAUUGUCAGUCAUCAGGAAAUACUUUGGACUCAACAUUAGAAAACAGAAGUAGUACAGCAGCACAAUACCUUCAAAUUUGUGAUAGCAUUAAUACAAAUAAAGUACUUAAACAAAAAACUAAGAAGAGGAGAAGGGGAGAAACGAGGCAGUGGCAAACAGCUGUUAUAAUAGGCCCUGAUGGACAGCCCCUGACAGUAUACCCUUGCCAUAUUUGCACAAAAAAGUUUAAAUCCAGGGGAUUCUUGAAAAGACACAUGAAGAAUCAUCCUGAUCAUUUGAUGAGAAAAAAAUAUCAGUGUACAGAUUGUGACUUUACAACUAACAAGAAAGUGAGUUUCCAUAACCACUUAGAAAGCCAUAAGCUUAUAAACAAAGUUGACAAAACCCAUGAAUUUACAGAAUACACACGAAGAUACAGAGAGGCUAGUCCAUUGAGUUCAAAUAAACUUAUAUUAAGAGACAAGGAGCCGAAGAUGCACAAGUGCAAAUACUGCGACUAUGAAACUGCAGAACAAGGACUGUUAAACCGACAUUUACUGGCUGUUCACAGCAAGAAUUUUCCUCAUGUUUGUGUUGAGUGUGGGAAGGGCUUUCGACAUCCUUCUGAACUCAAGAAGCAUAUGAGAACCCAUACUGGUGAGAAGCCAUAUCAAUGUCAGUAUUGUGUCUUCAGGUGUGCAGAUCAAUCAAAUUUGAAAACUCACAUUAAGUCUAAGCAUGGUAACAAUUUGCCAUAUAAAUGUGAGCAUUGUCCCCAAGCAUUUGGUGAUGAGAGGGAACUUCAACGCCAUCUGGAUUUGUUUCAAGGACAUAAGACACACCAGUGUCCUCACUGUGACCAUAAGAGCACCAACUCAAGUGACCUUAAGCGUCAUAUCAUAUCUGUACACACUAAGGAUUUUCCUCACAAAUGUGAGGUCUGUGAUAAAGGUUUCCAUCGUCCUUCUGAGCUCAAAAAGCAUAGUGAUAUCCAUAAGGGUAGGAAGAUUCAUCAGUGCAGGCACUGUGACUUUAAAACAUCAGAUCCAUUUAUUCUUAGUGGUCAUAUCCUUUCAGUUCAUACUAAGGAUCAGUCAUUGAAGUGUAAAAGGUGCAAAAGAGGGUUCAGACAACAAAAUGAGCUCAAAAAGCAUAUGAAGACUCACACUGGAAGGAAGAUUUACCAAUGUGAGUAUUGUGAAUACAGCACUACAGAUGCAUCUGGCUUUAAACGACAUGUGAUAUCAAUACAUACAAAAGACUAUCCACACAGGUGUGAAUUCUGCAAGAAAGGAUUCCGAAGACCAUCAGAAAAAAAUCAGCAUAUUAUGAGGCACCACAAGGAGGCUCUUAUGUAAUAAGAUCAAUAUAAAGAAAGAAGCUAUUUAGAAAAUAUGACAUGCUACAUGGGAAGAUAAUUUCAUGAUCUGUUUCACCUGGUUACAAAACUUGAUAUUAAAUCAUUAAUUUACAUUCUUUUUGUUAAAGAUCUUAAGAUAUUUGAAUUGAGAGGGGAUCUCAUAGCCCUUUGAAAUUAGUUAAAGAAUUUAAGGAGCACCAUAGAAUGGUUGCAGAAAAUCUUAUUGUCUAUUUAAUAGUAUUAUAAGCAUGAUUCAGCUACAGAGGGGAAGAGCAAAGACAACCACUUUAUUUGGCUGAUCAUACUAGAGACAGAUGUUUCUGAAAAGAUCAUAUCUAAUUGAGUUUAUCAAUGUUUUGCUAUCACAAGCAAGUGUCACUUUUAUGCCAUUUUAGAAAUGGAGUGGGGAAAUAAAAUGCAGUCAUCCAUUAGUCACUUAGUCAUUGAGCCUUUAUACGGUACCUGGAAAUUGAAUUCCAGAAAUGGCAAAAGUUUUGUGUAUUCAUCAAAAGAAAUUUCACUGGAAAACAGGUUAGAUUAAUUCAAUACUAUUUAAAAGAAUUUCAGAGCUGCUAAGACUUUAACACAGGAUAGGAUGUUUAAAAUAUAGCAUUCUGUACUGAAGUCUAAAGAUUAA